CACCGCCUUUCAAAAUCCCCUUGCCGCUCGGUUCUCUAGAAAACCCCUAACCCCUUACUCUCGCUUCGGCUACGUAUGGAGGAAGAAGACGAUCUCUGGAAGCAAUUCCUUGAACAAUACGACGGUGGAGAUGGCGAUGUCCUAAGUGUUCCCUCGCAAGUGUUCUCAGACUCCUACCUCAUCGGCUUCGUCAUCGCCAAUAUCGUCGGCCUCCGCUACUACUCCGGCACCAUCAAUGGUCGGGAGCUUGUGGGUCUUGUCCGCGAACCCCUCAACACGUACGAUCCCAACGCCAUCAAGGUCCUCAACUCCAGCGCAGUUCAAGUCGGUCACAUCGAGCGCACUGUGGCGGCUGUCCUUGCUCCUCUCCUCGACUCGCGCAUCAUCUCCGCCGUGGAGGCCAUCGUUCCCAAGCCCCCGCCUAGUGGAAGAAGUCCCUACCGUCUUCCCUGCCAAAUUCAUAUUUUCGCCCUCCCUGACGCCAUCCCCACAGUCCAAUGCGCCAUUGAAGACGGCGGCCUUCAUCUCUUCACUCCCGAUGACCACGAGUUCGGCCUAUCUGAGUCUGUCAUUGUCAAUGAGUCCACCUCUACUAAUGCUUCCAAGGAGCGGCGAAUGGUCGAUGAGAUAUUUGCACUUGUGGGGAAGGAGGGGAAGGGGAUUGAGCAUCUUGAACCUCCUAAGGAUGUCAUCUUGACGGAGCUGUUUCCUCACCAGAAGGAAGGGUUGGGUUGGUUGGUCAACAGGGAGAACUCACAGGACUUGCCAUUAUUUUGGAAGGAGAAGAAUGGGGGCUUUCUCAAUGUGCUGACAAAUCACUUGACAAACGACCGGCCAGAGCCGCUCAAGGGUGGAAUCUUCGCUGAUGACAUGGGAUUGGGUAAAACCCUCACUUUGUUAUCUUUGAUUGCUACUAAUAAACCAGUUAGUAGUGUUUCUUAUACCUUGGUAGACGACGUUGGAACAUCUAGUGCAAGGAAGCACAAGUCUGGCAACAAAAAGGUUGUGAGUUCUAGGAAGAAACGUAAAACAGAUGUUGAUGAUUAUAAUGGUGGCAUUUUGGAUAGCAAGGAUAAGGUUUCAAGCCCCAAAACAACUUUAGUUGUUUGCCCAUCAUCGGUCCUUACGACUUGGAUAGCUCAACUGGAGCAACAUACUAGACCUGGUAGUUUACAGGUGUAUUUGUAUCAUGGGGAGCGCAAAAAGGAAGUGGAUUUGCUCCUGAGCCAUGAUCUUGUGCUGACAACAUAUAAAACUUUGGCUUUGGAGUUUAGCUCAUCACAGUCCCCUCUGAAGAAGAUAGAGUGGUUGAGAGUUAUUUUGGAUGAGGCCCAUGUUAUUAAGAACUUCUUAUCACAACAAACUAAAGCAGUUGUUGAGUUGAAGGCUGAGAGGAGGUGGGUAGUAACAGGAACUCCAAUACAGAAUAAUUCCUUUGAUUUGUACUCUCUCAUGGCAUUUUUAAGGUUUCUUCCGUUCUCAAUUAAGAACUAUUGGCAGAGACUUGUCCAACGUCCAUUGGAUCAAGGGAGCGCUAGUGGAAUAGCACGCUUACAAGCCUUGAUGGCAAGUAUUUCCUUACGAAGAAUGAAAGGAACUAAUAGUGGAAGCAAUAGUUUGGUUGGACUGCCAUCAAAAACUGUUGAAACUUGCUUUGUGGAACUCUGUUCCGAAGAACGUGAGCAGUAUGAGAAGAUGGAAUCAGAGGCAAGAAGUACACUGAGGGAGUAUAUUAAUGCUGACACCAUAUUGCGCAAUUACUCUACUGUACUGCACAUUAUAUUACGACUUCGUCAGAUCUGUAAUAAUGUGGCUUUAUGCCCCUCGGAUCUCAAAUCACUACUUUCAUCAAACAGUUUUGAAGGUAUGUCUUCUACUAGCUUGAUUUUUGGGCUGCUGUUUGAAGAGAUUUUGGGGCUGUUUUUGGACAGAAUUUGGACAGUUUUUGGGACUGAUUUGGUGGCUGUUUUGGGAGGAAUUCCAAGAGACUUUUGCUGA